GUUGCAGUUCGCCAUUUUAGACAGUCAAGAAACUGAGGCGAGGCGAUUUGUGAUAGUGUAGCAGAGGGGUAAUUUGUAAAACCCCUUUGUUGAGGUUUUUAUAAGAACCGUCUGGCGUUGUAUUGUAAACAGAAAAAAGAUGUCCUCGGAAAACCAAGAAACGGAGACACAACAGGAAUCCGGGGAAGAAAAACAGACUCUAGCUCCAACACUCUCCCCUGCGCAUGGGUGUUGACUUCCCAUUCCUGCCCGUAAUUCUGAAGAUCAGUUCCCCAUCGCAAGCGAUUACAUUGGACCCCACGAACCGACUACAAUUGAGUGAAUAUGACACUCAGGAAAAAGAAUCCAAUCCUGUCAAAGCUGAAGAAGCAAAAUUGAAAGCCAAAUACCCCAAUCUUGGACAGAAACCUGGUGGUUCAGAUUUCCUCAUGAAGAGAUUACAAAAAGGGCAAAAAUACUUUGACUCAGGAGACUAUAACAUGGCCAAAGCAAAAAUGAAGAAUAAGCAGCUUCCCACUGCCGGGCCAGACAAGAACUUGGUGACAGGCGAUCAUAUUCCAACGCCGCAAGACCUCCCACAGAGAAAAUCAUCGCUGGUUACCAGCAAACUUGCUGGCUAGCAAAAGCACAAACCUCCUAUCCUCCAUUUUCUCCCUUUCCAUGAUACAAAUCCAUUAUGCUACCUUUCUCACCUUGUAUACCUGGUCUUGCUUCACAAAGGCACAGAAGAAUGAAAAGUCAUAUGGGGCCUAAAAGUUAACUUUUUCUUUGACCUGGACUGUUAAGGUUCAGGUGUGCUAGAAUACUUUAAAAAAAAAAACAAA